CGUUUUACAAUAAUGCGGUAGUCAAAUGGAGCCUAGCUUUAGCGAUACGGAAGCCGAUUCAUGUCAUGUGCUGAUCUCACACGCUAUGCAAGUUGAUAAAAGUGAGGGCGUGCGCAGUUGCGAGCGGCGACGCGGCGCGGGUGCUGUGUCGCGCGGCAUGCGGCGCCGGCCGCUGCUGACGCUCUUGCUGCUCGCGCUCUUGCGCGCGCACGGCUUACUUGCCGCAUCCGGAGAAGCUGAUUACACACUGGACGAUUCGUUUUGGAAUGAAGAAAGCCCAGUUGGUGAAGUGGAGCGGCUUCUACGGGAGUACAGACAGAACCAGGAGCUGGUGCGAAACAUCGGUGCACAUUACUAUCAAAUCAUAUAUCCAGUGCAGCUUCGGCACCACGAGAAAAUGGGCAUAUCCACCAGAGAGGUUAACACGCCAAAGGGUCGAGGAUACGACUACCAACCAGGAACGAGGUCGCGGGCUAGGACUGGAAAACAUUUUCAUCGGACGUCGCUUCUCAUCAAGGCUUUCAACCACAAGUUCAGAUUGGACCUCGAGCUUAAUACACAACUGCUUGCACCGAAUUUGAAACAGACGCAAUACCUCGCAAACGGAGCCGAGAGUGACGUCAGAACGGAAAUCGAGCACUGCUACUACCACGGCACCGUCAAGGACUACCCCGGUGCUUCAGCGGCCUUCCACACCUGCAACGGAGUGUCUGGAGUCAUUCACAUUGGGAACGAGACCUUCGUGAUACAUCCUUUCUACGGAGGCGAUCUAUCGAAGCACCCACAUGUCAUCUUCGAAGCGAGAACUAAGGCCAACAAGGGCUGCGCUAACAAACUCGAGUACCGACCGAAGAACAGGAGAACGAAGAACGUGGGCUACCUGGAAGAGCCGCUCGACGACGACCCCACAAGUUUAUUAGCACCAGGUCGUCUGAACCAAGAACGCAAUUGGCGCUGGUUGUGGAGCGGGGGAGUCAAGGGUUUAAUCGAACGGCUCCGCAGAGACGUCAGGGAGACAACGAAAUAUAUAGAAACAGCCCUGGUGAUAGACAAGGCCAUGUUCGACAGGAGAAACGGAAGCACUAGAGCUGAAGUGGUUCAUGAUGCGAUACAAGUCGCCAAUAUUGCCGAUCUGUAUUUCCGUACGCUGAAUACUAGGGUCUCACUGGUGUACAUCGAGUCGUGGCAGGGUGCUGACCAAGCCGCCAUCGACAGGAAGGCGGACAUCACGAGAGCCAUCCACACCUUCAGCGACUACGCGGCGAGAAAACUAUUCAAAAUCGAAAAGGACACGACACAACUUCUGACUGGCAUAAUGUUUCCGGGUGGAGAAUCCGGUAUCUCGGUACCAGACACCAUGUGUACUCCAAAAUCUGUUGGAAUAUCCGUCGACACUAACACGUACGAGCCUCAUCUUCUGGCCGGCACUAUGGCGCAUAUGAUCGGACAUAAUAUCGGGAUGGGCCACGACGAUGGCCGGGAGCAGUGCUUCUGCCGCGACUGGCACGGCUGCAUCAUGGCCCAGUCCAUCGUCGGUUCUGACAACGUCCAGCCCUACAAAUUUUCUGACUGCUCUAAGAAUGACUACAUCAACGAUCUCAGGGUCGGGCAAGGUCUCUGCUUGCUGAACAAACCUAAUGAAUUGGUGAUCCAUCAUCAGUGCGGCAACGGCAAGCUUGACGAAGGCGAGGAGUGCGACUGCGGGACCCUGAACGAGUGCCACAACUCUAACCCGUGCUGUGACCCGUUCACCUGCAGACUGACCAAGGAAGCUCAGUGCGCGUCCGGGGAGUGCUGCGAGAGGUGCCAGCUCAAGCCCCGCGGAGUUGUGUGUCGUGACGCGACCAACGAAUGCGACUUAGAGGAAACUUGCACCGGCCUAUCCGGGGCUUGUCCAGCCGACUCCUACCGGAAGAACGGCGAAUCUUGCGAAGACGGCAAGGGGUACUGCUUCGCCGGACAAUGUCCCACGUUAUCUCUGCAAUGCGAGAGAAUAUGGGGCACCGGUACUGUUGGAGCGGACAAAGAAUGCUUCGAACAGUUCAACUCUAAAGGAGCUGUGACCGGCCACUGCGGGAAGGACAGUAACGGGCACUACAUUAAGUGUGAAAUGGAGAACGUUCGCUGCGGCUCUCUACAAUGCCAAUUAGGGAACAGAUAUCCUGUUGUGACCGGAAUGGAUGAGUACUACACGAGAACCGUCAUCACCAUUAAGGGGAACGAAUAUGAGUGCAAAGCAACAACAGGCCUACCGAAGCACUCGGAGAUCGCUCCCUUGGGGCUGGUCAGGGAUGGAACCCCGUGCGGCGACAACCUCGUCUGCGUCAACCAGACCUGCACCUCUAUAUUCCCUUUCAUCGACCACACCAAGUGCCCAACGGACCACAACAACCACGAGUGCUCAGCCCGGGGGAUUUGUUCGAACCUAAACAAGUGCGUCUGCAACCGAGGCUGGACGGGUCCAGAUUGUUCACAGCACGACGCCCUCCCACCCUCGCCGACCCCCUACGUACCAGAGAACGCCACGAAAGCAGCAUACAACAUGACCAAAAAGGAAACACCGUAUGAGAACUACCACGGCUCGAACACGGUGUUCCUCGUGGCGGUCCUCAUGUCUGUGGUAGGGGGGGUAUUCAUAGUAUUUGCCCUGAGCGCUCUCUGCUACAGGUCAGUCGUAGUACACAAAAACUUCUCCCUGUGCCUAAGGAAAAAGAGCACGUCGAGAAAGUACGACCCGCCCUACGUUAAGAAGCCCAUAGCGAAGAGCUUCGCCGCGGGUUCGACGACCUCCAACAAUUCACAGGAGGACAUAUCGCUCGAUGGCGGGAAAAUGCACUCCUUCAACAACACUUUCAGAAACCUGUUGAGCCGAGAUUCGCAGCGUGUGAUAUUCAGACAUGGCAAUCACAUGGCAGGAGCCAGCAGUACAAGCAGAUAUCCAGAUCACAAGCAAAUGAAGCGGGUGCAUUCUGGUAGCGAAGACGAACCCACACAUUCAGGCGAAGAAGACAUAGCAUUCAUAGACGUAGCCUCUAACUCGAUGGCGAAAUUGCCAGAAAAAGGUAUCCUGAAGAAGCACGGGUACGGAGCUGUGGAUGGGAAGGACAAAUGGGGAGACGACUCGCAGUCGGAGCAGCUCGAGGCUGGCUCGCAGUCCGAUGGGCAGGAACCGGCAGGGGCUGUUGCCGAUAUGGAAUACAAGUUUAAGGAUCUGAACGGCUACCACGAGAACAUAAUAGUGGCCUUGAAGACGGCCGCGGCGCAACGUGCGAGCGCUGCAGGAGGCUCUGGUGAUCUUCGCUCCCUCCAGGACUACGAGUACAAGGAGCGGAGGGAACGAGCCCCUAGCGCAGAGAAGAUCCACGACGCGGAACUGCGAAGACAGCGCCCCGACGACGAAGAGGACGACGCUCCACAGUGCGCCCCCAUCAGAAUCAGGAACCUGGAGGACUUGAUACGGCAACUAGAGCACCACUCGAGCAGACACAUGAGCCCGUCCGGCUCUGAAGAUAUAAGGAUGUCGGAGACGGAAGCCGAUCGACACUACAGGAUCGAGCCUGGAGAGAUCCCACCUCGAUGUCGCGGCCGCAUCCCCGGCGAAGAGGAGGCUCACUUCUCGUACCGUUACCGCGGCGGGUCUGGCCGGCACCACAGCGCGAUGUUCGGCGCCGGCCCGCCCCCCGCGCCGCGCCUGCCCCCCGACGAGGACGCGCUCUACGAGACGGCCGACGCCGAGCGACUCCGCGACGCACCAGACAGCGAAAGUGAUGAAUUUAUUCAAGCUCAACAACAGUUAGCCCCGUGGGCGAGUGAGGAGCGAGUGGGGCGGCCAUCUCACCGCCGGGCCCCGUCCCCGCCCGACGAAGACUCCCCUGCCGCCUUCCCCGAGUACACACACUGACACAUACGACACUCACCCUACCGAUAGCUUAGCACUCCAGCUCACGCCUAGAGGCUCCCCACCAGGGCCAUAGUGAACGUACGCGGAAACCGCCCGCCGCUUGUGAAUACAUAGUUGUCCUUAGCGAAACCAGUGAAUUGUAAAUAUUGAAUUAAAUGCACUAAACGAUAUGACUGAAACGUAGUAAUUGAAUUUUAGAGUUAAACGUUAUGUAAGUCGUUACGGUGUGUCGGCGUGGCGCCCGAGGAGGCUCCGGGCCACGUUAGGGCUCCGCCGUGUCGACACGGCUUAUGAGUAUAGUGAGUCUGUGGAAGGAGCUUCUCGGGCGUCACGACGCUGUGCGUUUAAUGUUAAGACUCGUCGUUGUAUGAAAGUAGCUUAAGAUACAGUUGUACGGUGCCGAGGUCCUUUGAGACGUCGAGUUUGCUUACGUUCGACAACGGACGUGGGUCGAGUAGCUUGCAAAUUAGAUAGGCGAAUAACAAAUUGAACUAACGUAAUCUUAAGCGGAGCUUUAAUGUAACGUGUCCUAGUUCGAGGAGCCGGCCCGGUCACCACGAACGAACGAACGAACGAACUCGACGUCGCUCUAGGUCUCUCAAUGUUCUAUCGUAGUUGAUGUUUCAAUCGAACUCAGUUUAAGAGCCAGCGGUGCCUGAAAUCGUUCAAGCGACAACGACUCGUUCGUAUCGUACAAAUUAACAAUUUGACAUUUGUAGUUUUGAAACUAUUGGAAUACGUAAUUAAUAUAGGACACGGGCCGUUGCGUGUUGAAUGCUACGACUCUAGCGGCCUAGACGAGAAGCGAGUCGGCCCUAUUUUGGUCGGAACACUGCUGGCUCUUGACUCUGGCGUCGUAUCAGUUGUCCACGUCCCGGUGACGUGAUGACGUAGACACGGUGACGCGCCGCCCGAGGGGGGCGACCGGCAACCGUCCCGGAGAGUAUCACCGUCGCAUCACCUCUCCGAACGCGCGCCCCACUUCGCAUUGUCAACAAUGAACACCAAUUUAGACGUUUCAGUUUUGUACGCUCUCCAACGGACCCUUUCUAUUGAGUGAUCUCGAACCACCGUGCACCGUUUACUCGAUAUAAACUAGCCGUUAAAUACACAUAUUCUAAAACUAAAUGUGAAUAAAAGUUAAUUCGAUUCGUCAGAAUAUCUACGUAUGUAUUAUUAUUGUGUCGCUCUUAAAACGAAUUUACGCCAAAGAACGUAUGAAGGAGAUGUAAUGUAUGUUAAAUCUUAACGUGUUAUAGUUUGCGUGUUUAUUUUAUUGUGACAGUUUUAGGAUGUUAUCGUUUACGCUAGGCUAGGUGGCGCGGCCACGAAUCUAACACAUAUGUAGUU